GACGGCAGUAACAAAAACAUUGUUGUACUAUCAACAACCGAAUCGUGCGAAUCGAGUUUAUAUUUUGUAAUUUAUUUAUAUUUUGUAUUUUUAAGUUAACUGGUGUGAUCGGUACCUCUUGAAGGUACAUAUUUCUGUCUGAUCUGUACAUCUGAAGAAAUGAACGCAUCGGAAGGACUGGACGUGACGCCCUUGGAGGUAAUCCAUGAGUUCAUCGCUGGCGUGGACAAUGGCACCCUGCGCAGCGAUCUGGCCGAGGACUGCCUCCUGAACUUCUGCAGCCGGAGUGUGCCGGGUGGCCCGGCAGCCACCGGAUUCCUGAGGUCCCAGUUGACCCAUCGCUAUCGGCACGAUCGUUUCGAUGUGGCGGCGCCCAGCCUUCCAGACUUUGAGCUAUCCCUGUUCGAGCGAUUCGGCAGAUCCUUCGAUCGGAUGCGUCGUCGCCUUUACGAUCAGCGGGAGCGGGUAAGGGCCCCCACCACUACCACCUCUACGACCUCUACCACUUUGCACUUGCGUCCCGAGAGCGGUGAUGAUGAUGACGAACUGCCGGGCGAAAGGACGUUGCCGGUCACGCCCCCACGCCCAUCGAGCCAUGGACUGAGCACCCUAAAAUUUCUGGAGGCCAUUGGUCUGCUGAACAGCUGCAGCCCCAAUUAUAGCCGGGACGGCGGCGUGGAUCUGGGCGAGUUCUGUACGGUCCACCUCGUUUUGGGCUACCGCCAUGUACAGAUGCCCGCUCGUCAUGUGCGGGACAUUGAGAUCUGCCUGGUUGUCUACGAGUGCUAUCCCGUAGACAUUCUUUCUCCAACGGCCCGUCCUCCCCUGCGACAACGUGCCAAUGGACGCUGUAAUCCCACCACGGAUGACGAGGCCGAGGGGGCACCACCACCACCGGCACCAACAAGGCGCCGCAUGCGCGGUGUGCGCCGCACUUUGUUCGGAGAAGAGCGGAGGGAAGAGGAUGUGGGAGGUCGCCAGCUAACGCAGGAGCAGUCAGCUCGGACGGCAGAGGAUGCACCCCAGGAGGUGGAGGAGGAGGAAAUCGUCUUCACACUAUCCGAAAUCGGCUCUUCGCACAUCCUUACACCAAGGAAACGCCACCAAACCACCAGUGGCAACGAAAUGACACCAAAAAAGACGACUGGACAGAAACGGCUCCGUUUCUAAUGCUUCGAAUCCAGAUUGAAGCAAAAACACACAAAUGUUAAAUCCUAGUUUAGAUUAGUCCUAGUCGCUUUUCCAAAUCUCGGUAGCACAAAUUAUUUUCUAGGCUUUACCGGUUACCAUAUCAAGCAUACCCUACAAAUUUUCCGUAAUUAUUUAACGAAGACUGAUUGCACGCGUUCUGGUCCCGCUUUCAGGGAUCCCGCGACGCACUAGGCUAAUCCUUAAUAUGUAUUGUGUUACAUAGUCCUUUAUUUAUGUAUGCAUUAAAGUUAAAUGUUAA